UCAACGACUUAAGAUAAAUAUAAACAAUAAAUAAUUAACAACUUCAGAUAAAUAUUUAAUGAACAAGGGCUAGGGAUUGCACGUAUCCCAGACUUUCUCACUUGCACCCACAUACAAGCUCCGCCAUCGGUGACACCCAUUCUGUGCGCUACCGAUGACGACAUCAAGAGUGUCGUCAUCAACAAUACCGAUGUGGACGCGAAAAGAGUUCAAUUCAUUCGUGAGUUGUAGAUCAACAAGCUGAAGGAAUCCAACAUGGCUGGAUGGGAACGCAAACAAACAGACACGGAUAAAGGAAUUGUGAUCCCAGAUAACUGGCCUGGGUACCCGCUGGAUCUUUUCACUUUUCCCGAGCAUUACUCUGAGGAUCUGGACUGUGUCUACAUCCCACAUGGAGUUAUCAUGGACAGGACAGAGAGACUGGCAAGAAAUAUCAUGGAAGAUCUUGGCGAUCAUGACAUUGUGGUGCUGUGUGUGCUGAAGGGAGGUUAUCAGUUCUGUGCUGACCUGGUGGACUGCAUCAAAGUCCUGUGCCGAAACUCCAACAAGACCCUUCCCAUGAGGGUGGACUUCAUACGCCUCAAGAGCUACCUGAAUGACCAGUCAACUCCAGAUCUUCACAUAGAAGGAGCAGAGAACCUGUCUGGGCUAAGUGGAAAGAACGUCCUGAUUGUGGAGGCCAUUGUGGACACUGGGAAGACCAUGAAGACUCUGCUGGAUCAUGUUGAAGCCUUCAGGCCCAAAAUGAUAAAAGUAGCUGGGCUGCUGGUGAAAAGGGUUCCCAGUGGGACAGGCUAUCUGCCAGACUAUGUUGGAUUUGAGAUCUCCAAUCGUUUUGUGGUUGGCUAUGCCUUGGAUUACAAUGAAUACUUCAGAGAUCUCAAUCACAUCUGUGUGAUCAGUGACAGAGGGAAACAGAAAUACAAGAUCUGAAGAUGAUGAUCUCACUCUUCAUUCAGUAUCUGAAUGCUGACUCAGGGGGAUGGAAGGUGUCCAUGGAUCUCACACGGUCCACAAACAAUCCUCCUCCUUGCCUUCGAUAUGGACCGGUUUAAUUGGCGAAGUUAGAAAUGGAGUACUGGGUUACAACUUACUGAAUACCGCACAACAUACCCUAUGCAUACAUAAAAACUUGCUUACUGUGCACAGUAUACAUACUACUGUAUGUGCUGCAGAAAUUGCAUACUAACAUACUACUCUUAGUAUUCUGUAUGUUUGUAUGGUAUUUAGUCAGUAAAGGGAUAGUUGAACAAAAGUCUUAUGGGUUUGGAAUGACAUGUAACAUGUUUUUCCAUUACUUUAACCAAUAAUUUAAUCAAUUUCAACAUUAAGUUAUACAAGAUUUAAUUAGGAAAGAUUUUAAAAAAUGAGUUGAAAUGAUUUGUACAUCCAUUUUGAUUAUACAUCAACUUUUUCACAGUGUAAAUGAUGACAAUUUUAAUUUUUGGGUGGACUUAUCCCUUUAAUACCAAGAGGCGCUUCCGUGUGUCUCAUUUUUACUCCUUCAUAAUAGGGCGUCAUUACAAUGCAAAUAAGAAUUGUGUUCCAUUCAAUAAUGAGAAGUUGUUUACUUAUACUGUGAAUUAAAUAUACUUUUCACAAUACAUUUAUUCAUCAGCUAUUUUCUUUCAAUAAGCUAUAAUGUGAACUACAGCUUAAGAAAUGCUGGCCAACUUUUGUGGAAUUUAUUUGUUUAUAUUCAAGUUUACAUUAAUGUGAAUUUACAUUUUGUAUGUGAAAAUACAUUUUAUAACCUCUUCAUUUAACAAGAUUAAAAUUAUGCAUUUGUAUUUA